UGCUUAAGUCUAGAGAGUCCAUUUGGAUUUAACAUUAUAAUUCAACUUUGACUCAUGGUUUAACCAGACCAAUCUGAAUUUUUCAUCAAUUUAAUGAACAUGUUUUUAUCAACAUUAUAUUGAAUGUAAUUAUUCUCCGGCUUACUAACAAAUACUAGUCAAAUACUCUUAAUCCCUUAAUCUAUGAAAGGAUUAAGUAAGGUAUGCCUACAGGAUAUAGCCUUUAUACCUAUCAUCAUACCUGUAUUACCAUUACAACAGCUGUGCUGUCCACACAUUACUACAGGUGUAGACCAACAGCUUACACAUUGCUACAGGUGUAAUACAGGAGUGGUCAACAUCCUACACAGCCACACAACUGAUCAAACUGCUCUGACUACAACACACCAAUUUCAAAUAUUUAACUGUACCUAUCCCAGGUAGAAUUCUAGAUCAAAGCUGUUGAUGAUGGCCACUAAAGAAGGGGUUGACUCUUCUAGAAAAUUGGAUCUCCAAAAGUUUCAUGUGUCUUAUGAUACUGGGUUGAUGCUGAAAGACCCCUUAAAAGAACUUCCACCUUAUUUUCGAGAAUGGAACAGAAUAGCAGAAUCCUUACCUCAGCUGGUGAAGCAAAAGAUAUUAAGAGAAGAGGUUCAUAAGAUGCCACUUUUGGACCACAGAAAACUUGAGGGCUACAGACAAAAACGUUUGGCCCAUCUCCAGCUCUGUUUCAUCACAGCAGGCUAUGUGUGGCAGGAUGGGGACAAAGGCGUUACCAAGACACUUCCCAAAUGUGUAGCAGUACCAUUUUAUGCCAUCUCAGAGGAGCUUGGUAUCAAACCAAUUUUAGGUCAUGUUGACUUGGCUCUGGCCAACUGGAGGCUUAUCAAUCCUAGUGGCCCAUAUGAAUUUGAAAAUUUGGAAUGCUUGUACCAUUUACCUGGGGAAGCUGCAGGUGACUGGUUCUGUAUAGUCACAUUUAUGGUUGAGUUCAGCUUUGCCAAAUGUUUGAAGCCACUGGCAAAUAUUUUUGACCUGUUACCUAAAGCCCAUCAUCAAAAGCUACAAGACAGUACUGGCUUAAAUGAAACGGUCAAUGAGAUAGCCUCACUUUUAGGUGAGGUGACCACAGUGAUACACUUGAUGCAGUCUUCACUGGCUAGAAUGCAUGACAAACUUGAAGCUAAAACAUUUUUUAAUCUGAUACGGCCAUUUUUGGGAGGUUGGGGAGGUGCAGACAACCCAUUACCAGAUGGCCUCAUUUAUGAGGGAGUCUCAGACCAACCCAUCAAGAUGACAGGUGGCAGUGCAGCACAGAGCACCACGCUACAAGUUGUUGAUGCACUUUUGGGAGUUAAACACACUCAAGAUAAAAAAGAUUUUUUGACAACCAUGAGGUGCUUUAUGCCCCCCGACCACAAAAGUUUCAUAGAAGAUUUAGAAAACAGACAGUUCAAAUUGAGAGAUUUAGUGCUCUCAACAAACAGUGAGAGGCUACAGUCAGCCUACAAUAAAUGUGUGACAGCACUGAUUGAUCUAAGGACCUACCACAUAAAGAUUGUAACAAAGUACAUCGUCCAAGCUUCUCAGACUAUGAAUGAAGGGAACUAUGAGAGUCUUGACAAGAAGGGAACAGGGGGAACAAGUCUAAUACCAUUCUUAAAAGACAUCCGCACAGACACGAAAGUCAGGAUUGUACCUGAAACAGACACAAAAGUCCAGCACAAAAGACCAAAUUUUAGCCUAAAGUUUGGUGCAGUUGCUGUCUUGUCUUCUAUAGUUAUUGCUGUGGCUGUAAAAAUAUUCACUCAGAAAUAAUAAACAGCAAACAGAGGCAAAUAAAAACCUGACCUAGACAUAAAACAACAAAAGUUUCUAUUGAAAAUUUACAUUUUGGAAUUUUUUCACUAAUUUGAUGAUAGACAAGCAAAACAGGAGUACUAAAGGGUUUUACAGUAAAAAAAUUAAUAAUUGAUUCUUCAAACUUCUAGUCUGAUUUUGUAAAAUUAAACAAAUUUCUAGGUAUCUUAGUAUGUAUUCUAGUAUGAAAAGAAUAAUUUACACAAUUAGGUUGUUAAUUGUUUCAUUUUGUUUGGCUAGAAACCUGGUCACUGUACAGGCCUACAGUAUUAGUGAAGUUGUUGAAUACUUGCCAUGUUGGACUUUGAGCAUAUUAGUAAAUACUUCUUGUUGCUUAGUUUUUUGAAAAAUGUUCCAUCUUUUUCUGUUGAAAGCUAGUCCUUCUGCUGAUAUAUUUAUUAAAAUUUAUAAUUUAUUUGUAAAUUGACUAUAAUUAUUAAAUCAAGUUAAAUCUAAGUACAAAUUUUUUGUU